AUGGAUCAGAAGAAGUAUCACAGCAUCCUUUUUCCUGGUGCUUCGGGGGAAUACACGGACCAGCUGGAGUUUGUGGAGCCGGACGUGACCGCGGGGAUUCCCGUGUACCGGGUGAUGGGCAGGAAUGGUGAGAUCCUCGCCCCGUCUGAGGACCCUCAGUUUCCCCAGGAGACAGUGGUGGAUUUCUAUAAGAAUAUGACCUUGUUCAACACCAUGGACAGAAUCCUGUACGAGUCUCAGAGGCAGGGCCGGAUCGCGUUCUACGCCACUAACUUUGGGGAGGAGGGCACACACGUCGGCAGUGCGGCUGCCCUGGACCCCUCUGAUCUGGUAUUCAGCCAGUACAGAGAAUCAGGAGUCCUGCUCUACCGCGGUUUCCCGCUGGACCUGUUCAUGGCGCAGUGCUACGCGAAUGCGGACGACCUGGGCAAGGGUCGCCAGAUGCCCGUCCACUACGGCAGCAAAGAGCUCAACUUCGUCACCAUCUCCUCCACUCUGGCAACCCAGAUCCCACAGGCGGUGGGGGCCGCGUACGCCGUGAAGCAGGCAAACUCGGACCGCGCGGUCAUCUGCUACUUCGGCGAGGGGGCCGCCAGCGAGGGCGACGCCCACGCGGGCCUCCUCUUUUCCGCCACGCUGGAGUGCCCAAUCAUCUUCUUCUGCCGCAACAACGGCUACGCCAUCUCCACGCCCACCAGCGAGCAGUACCGCGGAGACGGCAUCGGUCGAGGGGCAGGUUACGGCAUCCCGUCUAUCCGCGUGGACGGGAAUGAUGUAUUCGCCAUCUACAAUGUCACCAAGGAGGCUCGUCGCCGCGCCGUCGCCGAGAACCGCCCCUUCCUCAUCGAGGCCAUGACGUACAGGGUUGGCCACCACAGCACGAGCGAUGACAGCUCGACGUACCGUUCCAUGGACGAGGUGAGGCAGUGGGAGCAGCGGGACCACCCGAUCAGCCGGCUGCAGCGCUACCUGACCGCGCGCGGCUGGUGGAGCGAGGAGCAGGAGGAGGCCUGGAGGAAGGAGGCGCAGCAGCAGGUCAUGGAGGCCCUGCUGAAGGCCGAGGGGCGACCCAAACCCCACCCCGACCUGCUCUUCACCGACGCGUACCAGGACCUCCCCCCCAACCUGGUGAAGCAGAGGGAGGCCAUGUGGCGCCACCUGGGGGAGUACAAAAGCCACUACCCCCUGGACCUCUACGAGGAGUAACCAGGACCACACCGCCAAACACUGCACCUCCACCAGGAGUGUGUUUGACUGGGACCUGGUAGGAUAGGGGUUCAAGCCCCAGUGUAGCCACAACAAAAUAAUCUGUUGGGCCCUUGAGCAAGGCCUUUAACCCCAUGUUGCUCCAGGGGGGAUUGGCCCCUGAUUAGUCUAAUCAACUGUAAGUCGCUUUGGAUGAAAAGCGUCAGCUAAAUUACUUUAAUGAGGGGCUUGUCUGAUGACACACAAAGUUGCCCUUAUAUUAUAGAAGAUUCCCAUUGUAAUGAAUGUGUGAUAAUGUGUGCUGUUGAGCAGAAUUAAACGUACAGGAGUGUACUGUCUCGA